AUGCAACAGAACCACCAGCACCACCAGCAGCAACAGAAGAAGAGGAAGCAGCAGCACAACUACCGCCAGCAGCAGAAGCAGCAGCACAACUACCCGCAGCAGCACCAGCAAAAGCAGCACCACAACUACCCGCAGCAGCAGGAGCAGCACAACUACCGGCAGCAGCAGAAGCAGAAGCAACAGCACAACUACCGCCAGCAGCAGCAGCAAAAGCAGCAGCCCAAGGAGCAGCAGCAGCAGCAGGAUCAGGAGCAGGAGCAGCAGCAAGAGGCGGUUGAUUACCUUCUAGCAUUGCUUGGGUGCAGCAAAGGAUCGCUCCAGAGAGCGAGCGGCUGCAAACCCACUUUGACGCCGUAG